AUGGAUUCACAAGAGAGGUUGGAAGAGUACAAUGAAACUCCUAACCAAAGCUUCACUGUGCUCUUACAAGGGGAGCGUCAAUACUACAAUGAAAUUCCACCCCAACCUAAAGUGACAUCUACUACUAAAAGAACAAACUUUUCUGUUGAGGAAGACAUUUUAUUGGUAAAGGCUUGGAUCAAUACUAGCAUUGAUCCAAUUCAUGGGAAUGAUCAAAAAUCCACCAAAUUUUGGGAUAGAAUUUUGGAAAAAUAUAAUGAGAACAAGAAAGAAACCACUGUAGAACGUACUGCUCAUUCUUUAUCAAAUCGGUGGUGUUCAAUCCAAAAGUUCACCAACAAAUUCUGUGGGUACUUGGCACAAGUUGAAUCAAGGAAUCAAAGUGGUCAUAGUGAGCAAGACAAGAUCAACGAGGCAAAGGCUAUGUAUCGGGAGUUCAAUAACAAUAUCAUAUUUCAAUUUGAACAUUGUUGA